AUGCCACAUUCAUCGUCUUUCGUUCUUUUCCCCCGUCUUCCACCAGAACUUCGCUGUGUAAUAUGGCAGCAAGCGCUUCCUGACAACGCACCAACAUUGUACUCAUACACCAGACGUCGCAGCAUCUCUAUCCCCCUUACUGGCUCCGACAGGGUAGGGCCGUUCCGCUCAGAAAACGAUGGGUGCAACUUGAUCUCCCACCAGAGCAGUCUCGCCGACGUCUACCUCGAGCUCCCUCUCUUCUUCGUCAAUCGCGAGGCGAAUCGUAUCGCCGCUGCCUGGGCUCGAGAGCAGGGAAUGCUAAUGGCGUUCUGUAAAGAUCGACAGACCCAUGCGUUCUUACGCCCGUACGACAUGGACCGCGAUACGGUCUACAUCCCAUCCGAUGAAAUCAACCAACUUUCCUCCUCCCUCCCGUGUAUGUUCGGGCACGUUUGCCGCUCCGAGCCGAGCUUGACUCGUAUAGCGGUGCCCGAAGAGGUGCUGUAUCAAGACAGCGCGACUCUGGCUGAGUUGUUGGACUUGUUUCUCAUGGAGACGUUGUACGUCAUUGUUGGGAUCCAGCCGGGCUCUAGGGACGGAGACGAAGUCCAAAGAUUUGGGGGAAGGUGGGAGCUUGCGAGCCCGCAAAGUAACAUGACGCUUGUGUGGAACCGAAGUCGGGGUUGCUUUCAUUGGCGGGACGGGGAGAGUGUUGGAAGCGAACAGCUACAUGGCCAAAUGGAGCAAGCUGGCAAAGAACUUGUCAGAACGCUCGACUGGAUCAAAGUGGACCGCUUCGAGAUAUUGCCGGUGUCCGCGGUGAAAACAACAUGA